GGCCAAGCAUUGGAAGCCUAAAAAGAUGCCACUGCAUUUGCUUUCACAUUCACAUUCACUAGGCCUCUUCCAUUAGCCAACGGCCCAUUUGUUGGUUCGCCUUGAGCCCCUCUGCUUUUCUCACUCUCCGUCUCUCUGCAAAAUCAAGUGAAUCAUACACACAGAGGCAUAAUGUCGAAUCAGUGUCCGAUAUUUCCCAUGCCCGAGCCUCACCACUUCAGCGACUAUGGCUUUGAUCCUCAAAUCGACUACUUUCAGGUGCUGGAGGAGGCGAGGAAGCACAAGCGCGAGGCGAGAUCCAUUGAUUCUCUGCACUUCAAGCUUCAGAAGCCCAUCUCCAAGGACGACUCCAAGAAGAGCGGCAAGAUUAAGAGGAAGCGAUGGUGGAGAAGCGCUCUCCUCUUCUUCAAAUGGAGGUGGACCCACAGCGACAGUCGUCUCCACCGCGACGACGACGACGACGACGACCUUGAUGUUCACCGCGCUAGAGCCAGAGCCUUCAGGGCCUCCAUUUCAGGCCCGGUGUAUAUCACCGAGAGCAGAAGCGGCUCCUCCACGCCGUACAGAACUUCCAGCCGGCCCUCCUCUGGGCCUCUCGCUGGAACACUAACCCCGGCUAGGAGAGGGGAGGUGGAGAUACCUUAUCUCAGCCUCAGAGAGCUCAAUCUGGAGCAGCAACAGCAGCAACAUAGAAUCUCAACCUCUGCCGCCAUGCCCAUAUACCUAGUUACUUAGCUACUGUUUGGUUGGUUAGAAUCCUGAAAGUGGUUUUCUCUGCUUUUUAAAUGCUAAAAUCAUCCCAUUUCUGUUUUUUUAUUUUUUGCUUUCAAAAGCGAAAAAAAAAAAAAAUCUUAAAACCAAAUGAAGGUUUGUGUUUAGAUUUGGUUAGCCUUGUUUAUAUUUCAGGUUUCUGCCCCAUUUGGGUUGUGCAAAUCUCUUGUAGAGAUUUUGGAUUCUCCCUGGCUUUUUUUAAUUUCUGCAAUAGAGAAACUCCUCGUUUGACCAACUCACCUUUGGUAAGCCUUUGAAAGCGUUUUUUCUGCUUUUAGAAGCAGAAAAAAAGAAAAAAGAAAAGCAAGAAAAUUACUUUUGGAAAUGCUAACCAAGCAGUUCCCGAGUCGAUUUGUUUCUGUGAGGUGAUGGUUUGUAAGCAUGUGAGUUGGAAAGAUCACCAACCCAUGUCGUUUUAUUCCUUUUGUCCUGCGUAUUGAAGUACUCCUUGGAUGUUUAGCCAUUUGAUCAUGACUCUGCAACUCGCACUGUAUUAAGAAAAAUUUAAAUAGGGGAGAGGGCUGUUGCUGGUAAA